GAGUUAAUGUUCCCAUUGCAAUAUUGGGUGCUGAGAUUGAUGAUUAUUCUCCGCCGGCUCUCUUGAAACGGUUCGAGGCAAUCUUAAUUGCCAAACCUGAGGUUGAUAGCCAUGUGGAGAUAUUCCCCAACGUUAAACAUGGUUGGACCUUGAGGUACAACGUUAACGAUGAAGCAGCUGUAAAUUCUGCAGAGGAAGCCCAUAGGAAGAUGUUGGAGUGGUUCUCUAAGUAUGUCAAUUAGUGACGUUCAAAUUUUCUAGCAAGAAAAAUAAAACCGAAUUCAAGCUAGAUGGAUCUUAUUUUGAUAAAUUGCCCAAUAUUUCUGUCUUGUAUGGUUCGGAGAAUUGCACUUUGAAUUAUUGGUAGUGUUUUU